AUGCUUGCUCGACAAGUAGUCCGUGUAUCACGGGCAUCAGCUCUACGACACGCUGUCAAACCUAGUACAUCGUAUUUCAGGGGUGCCUUUUAUGGAAGUUAUUCUAAGGAUGUAAAACUUCAAUGUUUGCCGCACUUAACCCCUUGCCGGUCCUUCCAAACUGACCGCAUUCUUCGGGAGGAGGCUAUGGAGGUGGAAACUGAUGAGCGUGUGGUAGACGAGGUCGAUGUUCUUAUUGUUGGAGGUGGCCCUGCAGGCCUCAGUGCUGCAAUUAGAGUCAAGCAGCUUGCUGAAGCUAAGGGCGAAGACAUCCGUGUUGUCGUGCUCGAGAAAGGAGCAGAAAUUGGCAACCACAUUCUUUCCGGUGCCGUAAUUCAAACAGAUGCGCUGGAUGAAUUAAUUCCAGACUGGAAAGAGAAGGGUGCCCCGUUGAAUCAGCCUGCGUUGCAUGACAAGAUGGUGUUUUUGACUGAAUCAAAUGCUAUUCCUAUGCCGCAUCCGCCACAGAUGAACAAUCAUGGUAACUACAUCGUAUCACUUUCACGUGUUGCAGCAUGGCUGGGAGAGCAAGCUGAGGCUGCAGGAGUAGAAAUUUAUCCAGGCUUUGCAGGCGCUCAGAUCGUUUGGGACGAGGACUCGAACGGCAUGAAACGAGGAAUCAAAGGCGUUGUGACUAACGACAUCGGUCUUAACAAGGAACGUAAACCUAAAGAUAAUUACGAGCCAGGUAUGGAAUUCCGGGCUCCUAUAACUCUUCUUGCUGAAGGUGCGCAUGGCUCGCUUUCGCUUCAGGCGAUAAAAGAGCUCAAUCUCAGGGAACAAGCCGGCGCCGAUCCUCAAACUUAUGGCAUUGGUAUCAAAGAAGUAUGGCGCAUCAAACCUGAAAAUCAUGAAGCAGGUUUGGUUGCGCACACUAUGGGUUUCCCUUUGAGUUUAGAUACUUAUGGAGGCUCCUUUAUGUAUCAUAUGGAGGACAACAUGGUCUCGAUUGGACUUGUCGUUGGACUGGACUACGGCAACCCAUAUUUGAGUCCGUACCAGGAGUUUCAACGCAUGAAGCAUCAUCCAUUUUUUGCAAAGGUUCUUGAAGGUGGACAAUGCCUUGCUUAUGGUGCGCGCGCGCUUAAUGAGGGUGGUUACCAAUCUAUUCCUAAGGUUCACUUCUCUGGCGGUGCUUUGGUUGGAUGUUCAGCUGGCUUUUUGAACGUGCCAAAGAUUAAAGGAACCCAUAACGCCAUGAAGAGUGGCAUGCUUGCUGCCGAAGCGGCUGUGGAAGCUCUCACCAACCGCAGUGAAGAAGACCCUUACAAACCAAUUGACAUAUCUGAGUAUAAGAACAAGCUUGACAAGAGUUGGAUUAUGCCUGAGCUAUAUGAGGUUCGCAAUAUCCGACCAAGCUUCCAUGCGUUUGGUUUCCUCGGGGCCUUGCUUUACUCGGGCCUUGACACACUGUUCUUCAAGGGUAGAGUACCAUGGACGUUCCACCACGAAAAAGAAGAUCACCAAUACACAAAGCCUGAGUAUCAAUGCAAGCCAAUCAAUUAUCCAAAGCCCGAUGGAAAGCUGUCAUUCGAUAUUUUGACGUCUGUGUCUCGCACUGGUACUAAUCACACUGAAGACCAGCCCGUUCAUUUGGUUGUCAAGGAUGGCGACUAUAAAGGACACGUUGAACGCAAUGUGGGUACGUUUAACGGUCCUUUAGGCCGCGUGUGUCCAGCCGCUGUAUAUGAAUACGUGGACAAAGAAGAUGCGAACGGUGAUGAAGAUGCGUGUGGCAAAAAGUUCGUUAUCAACAGCCAAAACUGUAUUCACUGCAAGACUUGCUCUAUCAAGACGCCAGACCAAUCUAUUGUUUGGACCGUGCCAGAAGGAGGUGGUGGUCCCAAAUACUCUCUCACAUAG